AGAAACCUUUUUUUAUUUCUUGGUCUGGAGAAAAAACUGGGUACACGCUGGUUGGAACAGAACAGACCCAUCGUAUUCAUCAGGAGAAGCAAUGGCUGCGUCUGUGCCAUCUAAAGAGCCACUUGCAGAAUUCUUCUCAGUGAUGUGACGGGCCUGUGAUGUCAGCCUGGUGGGCAGUGCCUGGGAACUACCGAACCAGCCCUGGAAUCAUGUUACAGUAUCUGUGCAAGAGCUGAACUAACUGCAGCCUCAGACGGAGGAGAAAGGCUUUCCAUUGAGAACAAAUCCCUGUCUGGAGGAAUAAAGACAAAAACCCCUACGAGUCUGGAUUUAUUUUCUGAUUUGGGAUUUUGCAUGUUUUUUUUUUUUUCUCGUUUUUUUUUUAGCCUACCCUCAAAAUAAAUACAUUGCUAAGCAUUGAACUUUCUCAUUGUGUGCCAGUUUGACCCCACUGGGCUGCAGUCAGCGCACUCCACCAUGUGUCAUGUAAUCGUAACUUGCCGCUCGAUGCUAUGGACCAUACUGAGCAUCGUUGUGGCUUUUGGCGAGCUCAUAGCCUUUAUGAGUGCGGACUGGCUGAUUGGCAAAUCCAAAAACACAGAGGUGGACAACAGGACUGGGGGACAGCAGGAAUUCAAUGGUCCCUCACUGGGCAUCUAUGGACGCUGUAUUAAAUUGUCUCACGUACAGGAUUCACGGAGAGCGACGCUGUGUGGUCCGUACGCAGAGCAUUUCAAUGAAAUCGCUAGUGGAUUCUGGCAGGCGACUGCCAUCUUCCUAGCUGUGGGAAUUUCUAUUCUCUGUAUUGUGGCAUUUGUGUCUGUUUUCACCAUGUGUAUUCAAAGUGUGAUGAAGAAAAGCAUAUUCAAUGUCUGCGGGCUGCUACAAGGAAUUGCAGGUCUUUUCCUUAUCCUGGGUCUGAUUCUGUACCCUGCCGGUUGGGGUUCUCAGAAGGUGGUGGCGUACUGUGGACAUUACGCUUCUGCCUACAAGCCUGGAGAGUGCUCUUUGGGGUGGGGAUUCUACACCGCCAUCGGAGGCACGGUGAUGACCUUCAUUUGUGCUGUUUUUUCAGCGCAAGCCGAAAUUGCCACAUCCAGUGAUAAAGUGCAAGAAGAAAUCGAAGAGGGGAAAAGUCUUAUAUGUCUACUAUAACCAACAGGAAAUGUCAGAUUUCUAAUGGGAUCCGCUUUGUUUACACGGCCCCCACUUCUCAUGAAUGAACUUGCCUAUUACAAACAUUCACACUAUGUCACGUCUCCAGGCUCCCCGUUCUCUAAAGGAUAAAGAACGGGGAAGGCAGCUCAGACAUGGAGUCAGGGCCUCAAAUACCUGAAUGAAAGACAUGGACAUGUAAACGCGGUGGAAACUGAUUUGAUUUUGUGUAGGAAUGCAUUUCUGAUCCUACAUUUAUCCAAAGUCACUUUAAAGCAAAAAACGAACUAUAUUUGUCCAUUCUCAGACUAAAGACCUUUUCUGUGCAUUUGUUUUAACAGACUUGUUAGAGAUUUUUCAUAUCUUGUUUCAAGCCUCUGCUUGUAAAAGCCAUUUUUUUAUAAUUAAGUUGUUCAGAAAAAAAACAGCAAACCACUAAUUCUUAUGGAAGCUGUCUGUAAACUGGAAAAAUGGAAGUCUUACCAAAGUGUUUCUUUCUGUGGUGCAAACAAACUCAUUUUUUUAUACUUUUAAAUGUAUUACGAUAUGGAGAGGACCACUGGAAUCAAGCAAAGGUGAUUUAUAUGAAAACGGGGGAAAUAUAAACAGAGACAUGCAAGGUUUGAUUGUUUAGAGGUUAAAAGAGAAGACGACAAACACAAGGCAUUGCAUCUUUUAUAAACUCCCCAUGCUUGUUUUAUUAAAGGGACAGUUUAGGCACCAUAAUGCAUUAAGUUGUUAUGGUGUUAUGGUGCCAUUUUGCUCAAUCUUACCUGAAGGAGCUCAGUUUAACUCCAAAGUUGCCUACAGCACUGAUUUCACCUCCCUCACCCCUAGGAGGCAUCCAGCUUCUGAAAUUUCAGUUUCAGGAAACGCGAAUGCCGCUGGGCAGGGUCGCCGCUGAUUGUCUGUGAGCAGUCAGCUUAUACUCUCAGCCAAUCAGUGACUGUCCUUUAAAAGUACUUGGAAAAAGUAUGUCCUCUUUCCAAGCCAGUUUUGUAAAUGGUAAAAUCAGCAGCACUCCAUGCUUCCUGGAUCUGAAAUUUCAGAAGACGGAUGCCACCAUGGUGGAGCUGAGAUCGACGUUGGAGGCAACCUUGAUGUUAAACUGUUCAAAAAUGGUUUGACCCCCUUUGAGGUAAAAGUGAGCCCUGGGGUCUCCUGGCACUAUAAAACCUUAAUUUAGAUAAAGUUGUUUUGGAACCUGGAGUGUCCCUUUAAAGUAAACCACACGGGCGAGUCUUACCGAGCGGUUAUUAAUUUAAGUGGGUAGGUUUCCUUUGGAACUUAAAGGCAUGAGGAAAUCUUUCCAGCUUAAGCCGCUUAUGAAAUCCACCCCAUAUGCCACUGCUAAGAUUGUUCGUAGCAAAUAAAACAUGGCACCGUGUCCUAGCAGACUCUAGUGAAUGUACGUUUAGGCAAAAUCUAAUUUACUGAAGAAGCACAACACCUCCAUCCGUCUGAUUAUUAGCCUGUGAAAACGAAAGUAUCAUCCGUGGGUCCUUGUGUGUGAAUUCAGGAUAAGGAAGUAUUUCCAGGUGCCAUGGUAAACAUUUUGAUGAUGCCAAGAAAUAAGAUCCUACAGAUCUACAAAACCAUUAAAAAUACCCACCCCCUCCCUCCCAAAAAAGGUUGAAAGGUGUUGUAAUAGAGGAAGGGUCCCACACAAGGGAUCCAUAAAGUGACAGAGCUGCUUUAACUUCUGCAUCGAAAGCCAAAUCUUGUCCUGUAUUGGUUGGAACAUGCGCAUCGCACCCAUCAGGUUCCAAGCCACUGCUCACAAUAUAUUGUUUACCGUAGCAGAGCUUCUGCCCCAGUACAACAGAGGCCCCUCUGACAUUGGGAAAAGACUGAUAAAGGUGCUUCUUUUAAUUUAUUGUAGUAUUUUUUCAAUUGAAGGAUGGGUCGCAGAGCCAAUGGCAUGUACAGUAUUUUAAUCAUGUGUCAGAAAAGGUUGAGAACCACUGUCAUAUGUAUAUUUUAUGCAUAUCUUGAAUGCUGAUGGCGUGCAUGACCUUUCGUGCCAAUAUCUUCACUGAAUUGUUUCUGCUAUUACCCUGGACAUUCCAAAUUAUUAAAGGAGCCUGCUUAGGUGUGUAAGAGAGAAUUUCUGAUGGGUUUUUUUUUGGUCAUAUCACUGCUGUUCUUACCUGAAGCUGUAUCUGCGAUGGGAAGCCGUGUUGCCAGUCUAUAUAUAGGGGGUGUUAUACUCUCUCCAUGCUUAGAGGGGUCAGUCAGGGGGCUAAGCGUGCCAAAACUUGGCCAGCACUGGCAUCCAGAAACCUAGUAUAGAACCUUUACAAUGAGCACUAGCUGUACUUUAAAAGUAAAAUUGAUGUGGUUCUCUAAAAAGAUGUAUCUCUAAGUUCGACUGGUGUCUGUCUAUCCUGGACCUUUUCAUAAAACCUUUUUUGGAAGUCUACUAAAUGAUUUAAUAGGAGAAAAUGAAACCUCUGUAAUACUGAUAGAUUACCUCCUUCGAGAAAUAUGACCGAUUUGACCUGUGCUCUAUAUGUCACAUCCGUACAUAAUCCACACGUUUGUCCAAAUAAACAGUAGUUGACCCAAAUUAAGGAUCUGAACUAUGCUGGUCACUCCUAUAUCUGUUCUACUGAAAAAUAUGAUGAAAAUGUAUAUCAUUUGAAAUUCAUAACAGAAUGAAAAAGCUAAAACCGGGGAUAUUCACUUUUUCAAGAAUUCCGCUCUCCUAAUGUCUUAUGUCAUGUUUGUGUCAGGUCUCCCCAGCGCACUCCUAAGCGCACCCUGAACUGCCGCAAUUCUCAUGCAAAUUAUUCCGGUCAUUGCUGUCAUGGUCAUUGAACAUUUGCAUAAAGGAAGAACCACAGAUUGUGCCAAGGCUUCUCCAGCAGGAUGAAUCAGAAACCACGUUGUUCUCCAUACGGUUUAUAAUGUAAAGUGCCAUAUAUAUUUGCAUGUUUAAAAGCCAAUCAUGAACCAGUGACUGUCUCUAUAAGAUUAUGUGCAAUAAGAUGCCUUUGGAUUAUUGUGAAAUAGGCCCUGAAAUGCUCCGUGUCUUGUGUGUGAUAUAUAAUAUACCACACACAUACCUAUUUAAUGGAAUACACAACUCCAUGUACUGCUUUGAUACUGUGAGUUUAGAUUAAUUUUUGAUGAAGAAAACGAGUCCUCUUGUUGAAAUAUUAAUAAAUAUUUUGUUUGUUUUGUAAUUACAA